AGUUGAGAAAAUGAGAUCCAUAAAUUCCAAAAUUAGGUAGCAAACGUAGACGAAAGGUAUUCAUAUAUGAAGCUGAAGUCAUCAAUACUUACUUUGGCGGGAAAUGGCCACCGCCGUCCCCGCCGUCUCCGGCCCAGAAUCUUUCGCCUCCUCCGCGUCCUACCUUGAGCGUCUCCUCCUCCUAACUCGACGACGCAAGCUGCCCAAGCCCAUCCAUGCCCACGCCCUCCGCCUCGGCCUCGCCCAUAACUCACACCUCCUCUGUCUUCUCCUCGCCUCCUACUUCGAUGUUGGUCAAUCCUCCCACGCUCUCCUCCUCUUCCGCGCUGCCCAUCAAUCGGACAACAUCUUUCUCUGGAACACCGUUAUUAGAGGCCUCGUCUCCGCCCAACAAAUGGAAGACGCCGUCCGUUCCUUCACCCUCAUGAGGCUGGAAGGUCCAUCGCCCGACAACUUCACGGUGCCUUUAGUCCUCAAGGCCUGCGCGAGGCUUCUGCACGCUGGACUUGGAAUGCAGAUACAUGCCCAUAUUCUAAAAGCGGCGCUUGAGGAAGAUGUUUUCGUCAAGACGAGUUUGAUCUCCUUUUACGGAAGAUGUGGCUUCCUGGAUUACGCCGAGAGGCUGUUCGAGGAAAUGCCUGUUAGAAAUGUUGUUUCUUGGACUUCGAUUAUUAGCGUGUAUCUUACUGAUGGGAGGCUAGAGGAGGCCAUCAACAUGUUCAGAAGGUUGUUGUCUGCGGGUUUAGCACCGGAUAGUUUUACUUUGGUCAGGAUAGUGACUGCUUGUUCACAGUUAGGGGACUCAAAGACUGGGGAAUGGAUACAUAGAUUCGUGGAAGACCAUGGAUUGAACAGGAAUUUGUUCGUUGCCACUUCACUGGUGAACAUGUAUGCUAAAUUUGGAAGCAUGAACAAGGCUCAAGUUGUAUUUGAUGAGAUGGUGGAAAAAGAUGUUGUGUGCUGGAGUGCGAUGAUAUGUGGGUAUUCAUCUAAUGGGCUUCCUCGAGAGGCCUUAGACCUGUUUUUAAAAAUGCAAACUGCCAACCUCGUACCUGAUUGCUAUACCAUGGUCGGAGUGCUUUCAGCUUGUGCCAGAUUGGGAGCUCUUGAAUUAGGCAGACAAGUAAGUCAAUUAAUGGAUGCAAAAGACUUCCUUAUGAACCCUGUAUUAGGGACAGCAUUAAUCGAUAUGUAUACAAAAUGUGGAAGUGUUACUCAAGCCUGGAGUAUCUUUAAGUGGAUGGUGGAAAAAGACCUUAUAGUUUGGAAUUCAAUGAUUUCUGGCCUUGCUAUGACUGGCUAUGGGAAGCUGUCAUUUGGUCUUUUCACUCAACUUGAGAAGAUGGGAAUUCAACCUGAUGAGAACACUUUCAUUGGACUUCUUUGCAGCUGUUCACAUACUGGGCUAGUGGACGAUGGCAAGCGAUUUUUCAAUAGCAUAAGCAGCAUCUACUCUUUGAAACCCAGAGUUGAGCACUAUGGUUGUAUGGUUGAUCUGUUUUGUCGUGCAGGUUUGCUAGAGGCGGCAUAUCAGUUGAUCAAUGAAAUGCCUAUGGAGGCUAACGCUGUUGUCUGGGGUGCAAUGCUUGGUGGCUGCAAGCUGCAUCGUGACACUAAAAUGGCUGAGCAUGUGUUGAAGAAACUUAUUUACUUAGAGCCUGAAAACUCUGGGAACUAUGUUCUGCUAUCCAAUAUCUAUUCGGCAAAUGGGAGAUGGGAUAACUCUGCAAAGUUGAGGUUGCUCAUGAAAGAAAAAGGAAUACAAAAGACACCUGGUUGUAGUUGGGUUGAGUUGAAAGGCAUCAUACAUGAGUUCCAUGUAGGGGAUACAUCACAUCCACUGGCCAAAGAAAUUUAUUUUAAGCUUGAUGAGUUGGAUAAGAAGUUAAAAGAAAAGGGGUUCAUGCCAACAACAGAAGUAGUUCUCUUUGACAUAGAAGAGGAAGAGAAAGAGCUUUCAGUUGGACAUCAUAGUGAAAAGUUGGCAAUUGCUUUUUGUCUAAUCAGUACUGAAACUGAAGACACAAUCAGAGUGGUGAAAAACCUUCGCAUAUGCAACGAUUGUCAUGCGGCAAUAAAACUCAUAUCAGAUGUCACCAAACGUGAGAUAGUAAUUCGAGACAAUAACAGAUUCCACUGUUUUAAAGAUGGUUUCUGUUCUUGUAAUGAUUAUUGGUGAAAUAACAUAAUCUUAUUGAUAUUUAAGACAAGGGGUUAAAAAGAUCGAAAUUACUGAGCUACUAUAAAUCAUGAUGUCAACCAAUUUCUUGUUUUCUUUCCUUGUUGAUUGAUGUACCUGAACAGAUGAAGUUACUUUAUUAUUUUUUUUAAAAAAGAGGGUGCAGCUAUUACAGCUCGAUUGAUUCUUCAAAAAACAUAUUAGGUUGAGCACAAUAUGAAAAUAAACUGUGUUCAGUAGUCAGGUGAUUGCGUCUUCUUCUAUGUAUCUACUGUAGAAAAGUUAUGAUAAUGU